CGCCGCCGCCGCCGCCUCCCGGAGGCUCUUGUCAGGAUGGUGAAGCUGUUCAUUGGAAACCUGCCCCGGGAGGCCACAGAGCAGGAGAUCCGCUCACUCUUCGAGCAGUAUGGGAAGGUGCUGGAGUGUGACAUCAUUAAGAACUACGGCUUUGUGCACAUAGAGGACAAGACGGCGGCCGAGGAUGCCAUACGCAACCUGCACCACUACAGGCUGCACGGGGUGAACAUCAACGUGGAAGCCAGCAAGAAGACGAGCAAAGCUUCAACCAAGUUGCAUGUAGGCAACAUCAGUCCUACUUGUACCAACCAAGAGCUUCGGGCCAAGUUUGAGGAGUAUGGUCCAGUCAUCGAAUGUGACAUCGUGAAAGAUUAUGCUUUCGUACACAUGGAGCGGGCAGAGGAUGCAGUGGAGGCCAUCAGGGGCCUUGACAACACAGAGUUUCAAGGCAAACGAAUGCACGUGCAGUUGUCCACCAGCCGGCUUCGGACUGCCCCUGGGAUGGGAGACCAGAGUGGCUGCUAUCGGUGUGGGAAAGAGGGGCACUGGUCCAAAGAGUGUCCGGUAGAUCAUACGGGUCGUGUGGCAGACUUUACCGAGCAGUAUAACGAACAGUAUGGAGCAGUGCGCACACCUUACACCACGGGCUACGGGGAAUCCAUGUAUUACAACGAUGCGUAUGGAGCGCUCGACUACUAUAAGCGUUACCGAGUCCGUUCUUAUGAGGCAGUGGCAGCAGCAGCAGCAGCUUCCGCGUACAACUACGCAGAGCAGACCAGGUCCCAUCUGCCUCAAGUCCAGAGCACAGCUGUGACCAGUCACCUCAGCUCCACUUCUGUUGAUCCCUACGACAGACACCUGUGGCCAGACUCAGGCGCUGCUGCCACCUCAGCUGCUAUGGCUGCUGCCGCUGCCACCACUUCCUCCUAUUAUGGAAGGGACAGGAGCCCCCUGCGUCGUGCUGCAGCUGUGCUGCCCACAGUUGGAGAGGGCUACGGUUAUGGGCCGGAGAGUGAGCUGUCUCAGGCUUCAGCAGCUGCACGGAACUCUCUGUAUGACGUGGCCCGGUAUGAGCGGGAACGGUAUGUGGACCGAGCACGGUACUCAGCCUUUUAAAAACUGGAGGUAGGAUAAUUGCGGACUGAACCCUCGGGCUGCGGUCAUAUAUGAGAACUUGCUCCGCGCGGUCCCCUUUGCCGGGAUGUUUCCAUUGCUUCAUGUUUCAGUAAACAAAGGAGUUUGUGA